AUGAGGCAACGGAGGUGGAUGGAGAAGAUGAAGGAUUUUGAUAUGACCCUUCAGUAUCAUCUUGGAAAGGCUAAUGUGGUAGCGAAUGCCUUGAGUCGAAAACCGAGAGGAUUAGUUGCCUUUAUGAUGAUUCAGGAGUGGAUGAUGUUAGAGGCAUUGGCAGAGUUUUCUAUCAUGCCGAGUUCUCAGAGUACAGGGGCUCUUCUUUGUAGUUUGACUGUACAACCUACUUUGGUUAGCCGGAUCAUUCACUCUCAGACUCAAGAUGAUAGGUUACAGACCAAAGCAGUUGAGGCUGUUAAUGAUGAAGGUAAUGUUGACUGGACGUAUGGAGCUGAUGGUGGUAUGAGAUUUCGAGGUAGGCUAUAUGUUCCAGACUUAGCAGACCUCAAGAGAGAGAUUUUAGAGGAGGCACAUCACUCUAGGUACACAGUGCACUCAGGUGGCACUAAGAUGUAUCAUGAUCUUAAGAGGCAGUUCUGGUGGGAAGGCAUGAAACGUGAUGUGGCAGAGUUUGUAUCUAGAUGUCUAACUUGUCAGCGAGUGAAGGUUGAGCACCAGAGACCAGCAGGACUAUUACAGCCUUUGCCUGUGCCUGAGUGGAAAUGGGAGCAUGUGACGAUGGAUUUUGUUGUGGGGUUACCGAGGUCGAUACAUAACUAUGAUACAGUGUGGGCUAGUAUCGGCAUGGCACCAUAUGAGGCACUUUAUGGUAGACCUUGUCGUUCACCUGUAUGUUGGGCUGAGGUUGGUGAUGGUAGUCUUUUGGGGCCAGAGUUGGUGCAAGAGACUACGGAGAAGGUUGCCAUCAUUCGAGAUCGACUUCGCACAGCUCAGAGUCGACAAAAGAGUUAUACAGACCGACGCCGUCGUGCUUUAGAGUUUAGUGUGGGUGACUUGGUGUUCUUGAAAGUAUCACCAAUGAAGGGGAUUACGAGAUUUGAGAGGGCUGGAGUGGUGGCAUAUAGAUUGGCUCUACCACCUAGACUAUCAGCUGUUCACGAUGUUUUCCAUGUCUCUAUGUUGAGGAGGUGCUUGAGGGAUGAAACUCAGGCCAUUGACUGCACAGAGGUCCAGAUUUGCCCUAAUACGACCUAUGUUGAGACGCCUGUUCGCAUUAUUGACAGUAUGGUGAAACAGUUGAGGCGAGCAGAGAUACCUCUGGUGAAGGUACAGUGGAAUCAUCAGGAUGAGAGAGAGGCUACUUGGGAGCUAGAGUCAGAAAUGAAGGGAAAGUACCCACAUCUAUUCGAAUAA